AUUAAUGUGAUGCGGUGUAGAUGAGAUGAGGGAAGGUGCGCCGUCGAGAUUCCGUAAUCGGGGAAUUGAGUACAAGGACCUCCAUGAGAUCGUGAGAAGCUUGAUGUUCACUGAUGCGAAGGGAAAACAGGAAAUGAUAUGGUUUGGUGAAUUUCGAGCUCCUGUGAAGGUUAUCACGGUGCGAGAAGACCUGCACCGUAAUGAGACAAGUUUUGCCUGCCUAAACCGUCUUUUGUGAAAGUGCUACGCUAAUCCUGGACACGUGAUAUUAACAUCCUGGCAGCGAUCAACGAGUUGGAAUUUUGUAUUUGCCGAGUGUCCAGAAGUGUCAGUGCAAAAGACUCUUGCGUGGACGUUGGGACAAUAUGAAGAGGAUAAACGUCCGCUAGACGCAACUCAUGCCGAUCCAAUAUCGUGUUGAAUCCUCAGGAAUGUUUGCACGACUCCGAUUCCACGUGUCAUUAAAUGAAUCAGCUCUUGACAUUUUGGAUCAAGGACGAAUGAAACCAUAACUAGAAACUUAUUGAUUGUUAGGCACUGAGAAUCGAUGCGAAUCUGUGGAGGGAAAGUGCUCGAAGGGUUGGGGCGAAUACUACGAACCAAUAUUAUUUUUCGUUCGAACGAAUCCACAUCCUUGACUAUUGGCUGAGUUCUCGACACUCUCAGCUCUCUCGCUCCUUUUCUCUCUUGAAAUAUUACAGCGACUUUGUAUUUUACGCGUAUCGAUUUCCUGGCACUCGACAUCAGAUUAAAAAAAGCGAGGAUCAGAGACUAAAAAAGUGGUGGAUAGAUAGAUCGAUGGUAAGAGCAAACUGUGAAUAACAGCUUUCAGCUUUUCAUGAAAAUUCCGUUCUUCCUAUGCUCGGCAAAACGUAUAUGCGAAAAGCACGGAGAUUUGCUGCUUUAACACCAUCAGACAUCGAUGCUUUCAAACUCGAGCAUUCCUAUUUUCUCUCCUCUUCCUCUUCUUCUUCUAUCUCUCAUCUCGUUCCCUGGAUACAGAAUGAAAUAGUACAACGUUUAGGAAAUAGCUUGUAAAGGAAGUCCAACGAGGGAAGAAACUUCGAGAGGUCGGAUAACUUGAUCUCUAUACCGCUUGCUGGGUUAUUACUAAAGCUACUUUUAGCUCCGAUGUCUACCUCCGGUUUAAUGCAAUCGUUCCGAACAUUUUCCUGAGGAAAAUCGACGAGAAAUUCUCUUGCUUCUUGCCAAUCGUGAUUUAAUCGCAACACUGCAUCCGACGUAUUUGCCCGUCAUAUUUAUUUAAAAUUUUCAGCUGCAAUCGCAAUUUAACGAACCCUCCGGAUAAAAAAAAAUACUUCAAACAUUUUUCUUUACAAUCCAAACCCAACGGAUCGAUUUAUCUUCCAGUAUAGCCUCGACGGUAACACUCGACAAACGAACUCUAACAAUAUCGUUGCUUUUUCCUCCCCGUCAAUUGAAAGUCAAUCAAGAGCUAACCGGUCAAUCGAAAUCGAUAAAAAAUGUUGAUCCUCGUUUUCCGGGGCGUUUUCCUCCUGGGAAUUCUCUCCUGGUACAGUACCCACGUAUGGAAAAUGAUCGACACGUAUUUCAAGGAGAGAUUCGACAAAUACUUGCAACAAGAAUUCGAGAAAAAUCCAAGAAUGCGAGAGCACGUGGAUAUCGAAGAGAAAUCGAGUAGAGAAAUUGUGAAAAAUGAGGUUCAAGAGGACUUUGGGAAAAAGAAGACGCCGAUUUCACCGAUCGAUCGUCACCAAGAAUCGUGCAAAAGUAUUGGCGACCUUGGCGAAGAGAUGUGUUCGAUAGAUGAGCUGAAUAUGAAAGAAAUAGCAGGUGACGAUACCGGGACCGGAAGUGCAUCUUUCGUGUCCAAGGAAGGGGAGGCGAUCGACGAUAGCGGCUCUAGUGAAAGCGAGGUCAUUGAAACAAAAGUUGCAACUCCGACGGGAAACCACCUUGAGAAGGUUUUUACAAAAGACAUAAGUAAGUUGGACGAAAAACCGUUGAAAUCGGCAUCGACCGAAGGGGAAAUUAUGAAGGAAACCAGCGGAGAAAACGUGACUUCGAAAAUGGCGUCCCUCGAGGCCGAUUUCUCCAAGGUCACGAAGAGCCAAGUCGACGGUUCAGCGAUGAUCGACGGGUCGGAGUGGCCGUUAAAAAAGAAAAAAAAGAAAUCGACAGUAAAAAAAAAAUGGCCGAUGCGGACAAAACUCGAGGAGGAAAAUGAGGUGAAAAAGAAAACCACGAAGCAACGAGUCAAAACGAUUUCUUUCACGGAAAAGGACUUCCGAGACGCUAAAAUUCACGGGGGUUGGAAGGACUAUGAUUUUAUGGAAUUUGACGACGAGGACGAGGAUGCUAAUCGAGAUCCACAGGAAGGAAUUUUGGUCUCUCAAUUGCCAUUCAAGCCGCGGGCUGACAUUGGUAAACUCGAGAGAGUCACCGAAGACGAAUUUUGUCCGUUAACUCUCGAGGACGAGGCCGAUUGUGACGAAGUCAGAACCUGGCCGUGAGCCAUCUUCCUUCAUUUUAUAAAUUGCCCAUAUUAGUCUCAAUGUAAUAUUCACAUAGAAACAUCGAUCACUUAGAAAAUUUGUUAUAUAAUUAUUUAUUAUUGAGGUGAGACGCAUAUUUAAUGUUCGAUUAAUUAAUUUUUUUACGAACUGUCGUUUCACAUUCAAUGGAACAUUCUCAAUUUCAAGAAAAAAGAAAAAAUCUCCAAAAAAAAGUACCAGUUUGAUUGAAUACAUUAACCUGUUUUUCUAUUAAUGAAUUAAAAAAACGUUCUACUUUUCCUCUUCUGUCAUAAUAAAUCAUUGACGCAGUGUACCUAGUCAGAAAUAAAUUCCAUUACUACAAACCAA